AUGUCAGACCGUGAAAUCAAAAAACUCGCCACAAGGCUUAACGGCUUUGUUGAGUCCAUAUACCUGUUAAAAAAUAACGCUGGCGCCUCAAUCGCCAACGACUUCCACAAGCUUCCUCCAAGAACUGGCUCUGACUACUACAAAGUAAUCACCAGACCGAUCUCCCUCCAUAUCAUUGCCAGACAAGUAAAGAGAUUGGCUUAUAGAGAUGCACAGGAGUUUGUUCGUGACUUGGUGCAAAUAACGUGGAAUGCUCGUCACUAUAACGAACCAGGCUCUCCGAUCUAUGAAGACGCAUUAAUCUUAGAUAACUAUAUUAAGGAAACGGUUAUACCCAGACUUGCCAACGAUAAGAAUAUCACUAUGCUGACGGGGGUGCAUUAUCCUGACUUGGGUCCUUUGGACGAUUAUGACCACCUUCAGUUUGACGCUGACGGUGCUAGUGCUCUGCCUUACUUGAAGAAUGAAGAGUAUGAAGAGGAUGACCACCCUUCUCCAUACCAGGCUCACCAUAAGGCUUCUUCACACCCUCCAAAGGCUGCUGAAGGCGGUGUUAGACGUGGACGUCCUCCUAUUAUCGAUAAGCCAUACGAGUCGAGAAUCAAGAGUAUACUUAAGAACUUCAAGAGAGUGCGUCACCCAGACGACGAGAACCUUAUUCUUACGGCUCACUUUGAGAGAUUACCUGAUAAGGCUACGCCAGGGUACUACGAAAUCAUCAUGAACCCUAUUUCGCUUCACGAAAUCAGAACGAAGGUGCGUUCUAGAAAGUACCUUGACGUUCAGCAGUUCUUGGAUGAUUUGAACCUUAUGAUUGGCAAUGCCAAACUCUUUAACGCUUCUGACCCAGCUAUGAUGAACGAUGUGCUCAUGUUUGAGAAACAGGCAUCUGAGAUAAUCGAGAAGGAAAUGCAGAGACCUGAAAAGGACUUUAUCGUGGCUACAAACUCUGGCUCUGAUGGUCUCAAGGUUCCAAUUGAUUCUGUUACUGUCAAUGAACAUACCUAUAAGGUUGGUGACUGGGUGCUUAUCAAGAACCCUAAUGACGCUAAUAAGCCAACUUGUGGUCAGAUUUUCCGUUUAUGGUCUACGGAUGGUGUGGAGUACACUAAUGUUUGUUGGUACAUUCGUGCUGAGCAAACGUGUCAUCGUGUGGAUAGACUUUUCUACAUGAACGAGGUCUGUAAAACCGGUGAAUACAGAGACCACUUGGCCGAGGAUAUCGUGGGUCCUUGUUACGUGAUUUUCUUGACUCACUACCAAAAGGGAGACAUUCCACCUAACUUGCUUCCACCAGGCUCUGAGUGGUUCAUUUGUGAGUUCCGUUACAACGCCAACAACUACGUCUUCAACAGAAUUAGAACGUGGAAGGCAUGUCUACCUGACGAGAUCAGACACAUUGAUCAGCCAAUUGUAACUAUAAACGAGCCAAGGAAACUCAUCAAGUAUGAUUCUCCAAUCAAGCACUUGCUUCCUGCUAAUGCCUAUGAUGAUAUGCCAGCGGCCCCACCUCAGCAAGGUCCUAAUCCAAAUGGUCCUCCAAUUGUGGGAUCUGUGUACUUGAGACCACCAUUCUACAAUGAUGAACUUGGCCAGUGCUCCACAUCUCCAAACGUUGCUCCAGCUCCUGAGUAUGACGAACCAAUGUCUGGCCGUAAGGCAUACAUUUUCACGCCAGUUUCUCAACUCAAGUCGGUGACUGGAUCUGGUAUUUACUCUUCCUCAGGUACCCGUUCUGUUACCGUCAACUACAUUCCAGGUCAGUUCGACGAGGCUGCUGCCAACCUUCACCAGUCUCCACCUAUUGCUACUCCUUCUAUGGACACUUAUAGACAGCCAUACACCCCUCAGCCGGCUACCCAACCACCUAUGAGCACAUACAAGCCUUACGUGCCAAAGUACAAGGCUGAAUCUCCAGCUAUCAGUUCACGUGCUACGCCGCCAGUCGGAAAUGUGAACUCUCCAGCAGCUCAAGGUUACCACUCGUCCACAUCUACAUACUCUGUUGUUCUUCCAGGAGGAGUAGUAUCCUACGUUGAGAAGCCAGCUGAAGAAGGAGAGGAGUCAGCUGAUUUAUCCGACGUAAGUCAAGCCAUCAUCAACUUGAACGGGCAAAAAGUGUGGUUCAGAUCCCCACCAGCCCAAGUCAGCUCCAGGACUAUCAAUGAUAUCGGCCACAGUGUUGAAUAUUUGGCCUGGCAGGCAAAGAGACGUAAGACUGAAAGCUCUCAGUAA